UGAUUCAUCUCAUUUCUGUAUUAUACAACUUCCCUGGACCCAUCACUUUAAUCUUCCACUAACCCAUUUCCCAAUUGAAACCACACAUAUUUCACCCCUCUGGUCUCAUGUCCUUUGUCAACACAAAAAAAUAGAAACAUUUUCAGCUAAGAAAAGUAAAUAAUGACAAGAAUGGCAGUUUCUUGUUGAUUCUUGAAGGAACUUUUCUGGGAUCUUCAAUUCAUACUUGGCCACCAAUUAUGACAAUCGAUACAACAACUCCAAGUUAUUGGCUGAACUGGAGAUUCUUAAUAUGUGCAAUAUUGAUAUUAGCAGCUAUGGUGGUAUCAGUUCUUCUUAUAUGGAAGUAUGAAGGUUCUUCAAAGUCGAGAAGCCAGCGAAGAGAAAAUGGGCAAAAGAAAGCAGGAUUUUUGUACAAAGAUGAUGUUUGGAAGACAUGUUAUAAAGCAGUCCAUCCUAAUUGGCUGCUUGCUUAUAGACUAAUUGCCUUCUCCCUACUUCUGUCUUUACUCAUUGCAGAUGUAGUUCUCCACGGCGUGCACAUACUUUAUUUCUAUACCCAAUGGACAUUCACCUUGGUUACGGUCUACUUUGGGCUAGGAUCUUCACUGUCCAUCCGUGGCUGUCUCCAAUCUCGCAAGGGAGGUAGUAGUGCGACCGUUGAUGGUGUUGAUACAGAGAGAGGCACUUACACUGCUCCACUUCCUGAAAAUGCAAGCAUACUUAUUGUAUCCAAUGGCUUGAAUUCCCAUGGCGAGCCACAUGAUCCUUGGGGCCUUGCCUUGCAAAUAAUCUUCCAGAUGACUGCAGGUGCCGUUGUGCUUACAGAUUGUGUCUUUUGGCUCGUUAUCUAUCCAUUCCUUACUGACAAAAACUACAAAUUACAUUUUCUGGCUGUUUGUAUGCAUUCUGUCAAUGCUAUUUGCCUUCUAGGUGAUGCAUUUCUAAAUCGUCUAUGGUUCCCUUUCUUCCGGAUAGCAUAUUUUGUUCUUUGGACAUGCCUGUUUGUCAUUUUCCAGUGGAUCCUCCAUAUUUUUGUCUCGUUGAGGUGGCCGUAUCCCUUUCUAGAUUUGUCAUCUCAAUAUGCUCCCGUUUGGUACUUUGCUGUUGGUAUUCUCCAUCUCCCUUGCUAUGGAAUCUUUGCCAUACUGAUUAGAAUGAAGAAGUGUUGGUUAUCCAGAUUACUUCAUAGCCCGAUCGAGAUGUAGGUCAAGUUGGAGAUGGUCAAUGAGUUCAAACUCAAUUAAGCGGUCCACGAAAUUGUAUUUUUAUUUUCCGUGCACUGAAAUAAAUCAGUAGAACAUGAUAUAUGAGAUGUAAUUUUUUUAUUAUUAUUGAUUUGACUUACUAGUAA